AUGGGUUACCUCCCUCCUCCAGGUUGCCCAUUUGCUUCACCUUACAAGGCAGUGGAGGCCACUGGGAAUCUGGGAAGCCUGGCGGAGAAGGUCUUUCUCACGAGCUUGAUCAUCUCAGCUUUUGGCUCCGAUGAUGAAACGGGGCUGAAUACUUAUGCUGCCGGCCUUCGCUCCAGCACCUCGCUUGUCACUGCACCUGAUCAAGGCGCCCUCGUCAAUUCAAAGCUCUCAAACGUCCACAAUCCCACUACAAUAGCUACGAACAUCGCCGCUUCUAUCUGCAACCAGCCACCCCGUGAUGACCUGAACUUUCGGAAACAAUUUCAUUACCCCUCGACAUCGUCACUGGUCCUGCUCCCCCUCGGUUGA